AAACAUUUUCUUUUUUAUGCAUGUUUUAUCGUUUAAUUCACAAAAGUAAUACAUAGCUAAUUUUUGUGCAAAACUUAAAUACAUUGACACAUUAAUCAUAUCUUGGAACAUAACAUUUAGCGAGCUCACCCUAGGUGCCUAGAUAUUUAAUACUUAUAAAUGUUUUCAUUUAAUAUUUUGAAAAAGGACAGUUAAUAUACUUUUUAUCAUGAUAUCUUUACAAAAGUGUUUUAAUAAAAGCCUGCUCAAUAUCUCGGACAGUGAACGAUCCUAAAGAUUUGAACGAUACAAAUGUCUACAGAGGGCGUAAAUACGGAUUUAUGGAAAUACCAAAGAGGGCCUGUAAGAAGCAGUCAGUCGUAAUAAGAAAGAUAAGUUAAAAGAAAGAAAGUGAAGAUAACUUAUAAAGGGAAAUGUCUACCUCUUACACAUGGAGAUCGGGUAAAAGAAAAGCCCUACACAGUCUUUUAUGUGUAUGCUUCUUUCAAAUCAGCGUAUCCUAUAGAGCUAUUGGAAUCAAACCAGUGAUGAUGUGCGCACAGGAUGUACUGGUUCUUAUACAAAAUAUCAAUGGUCCUCUUAUAUGCAACACACUCGGUGAAACACAUAUCAACUUUCAUAAUAUAACUCAAGAUGAUGGCAAUUGUACGAUUCCGUGUUCUGUGACAGCUGUUGUUCGCUUGAAGAACGAAAAUGAUAGGUGUUAUAUCCGUUCAUUUUGGGGAAAACCACCCAAACCUCUAGGGAAAGAAAUUGGAUUUUUCUAUUUCUCACAACCGUUCUGUUGCAAUAAUUUUCGACCACAUAGAUAUGUUAAAAUACAAGGACACUGCGAUUUUAACAUUUACCAUAAGACAAAUGCGCAGUUUGGAGAAAUAUGCACUUCCGAAGAACAAUGCCACAACACAAGCAGUUUACUUAGAUGUGUAAUGAAUCGCUGUUUGUGUGAAGAAGGAUAUAUUGAAUAUUAUAACCAAUGUGUUCGUGGCCUUCCAUAUGGAGAAGAAUGCGAAAUCAACGAACAGUGCAUUUUUAUUGGAGGAGUUUGUUCAAGAAACAAAACCUGCGCCUGUAAAAAUAACCAAAUUUACAAUGUCGAGGAGAAAAUUUGUUAUGAAGGAAACAAAGAGCCGUCAUCAGACAAAGUUAAAAGGAUACUUGGCGCUGCAGUAGGAUCUGCAUUUUCUGGUUUAAUUGUUGGUCUUUUGGUUGGCCUUAUCACAAUGUAUCUUAUCCUUAAAAGAUUUGGACAAUUAAACAGGAACAAUAGUGUAAUGAUGUCAGCUCUGGAGGAUGUAUCUUCUACAGAUGAAGAUCGUUGACAUUUUAAUGUAUUAACUGUAGAAGUAGCAUAUUUAUGUGGAUAAAGAUACGCAAUGAGAGGCGAUUCUAUAAAAUAUUGAAUUUGUGGUGAUAAAUAUCGAUUUAAAAAUUUCUUUUUUAGCUUAGUUCAAAGGGGUGCAAAAAAUAGAUAAUAAAACAUCCAAAAUAGUGUU